AUGUCGUCCGACGAGGAGCGCGGCGUCGAUAAGACCGCAAGUCAUCUCAAUGAGAAAUCUGUGAUCGACGGUUCGCCACAUCCGGACCCCUAUCACCGCCAGAGCAAUGUCGAGCUCUACAACGGCGCUGUCGCCACCCAAGAUAACGGCAUACUCUCCAAGCUUCGCCGCUUCGAGUCCCGCCUAGAUGCUAAGCUUGGUGUCGAAGCUGAAGCCAUCGUUCGCAAGCUGCCACACGAGAAACGCCCGGUGCCAUGGCAUGAACAACUCACCAUGGCCCUCCUCUGGGCUUCUGGGACCAUGAACACCUCCUGCUUCGCAACGGGUUUCCUUGGAUGGGAGUUUGGACUGACUCUGCGGCAAUCGAUUGUCGUCACUGUCUUUGCGUCUCUCCUAGGGGGCGCGAUCACGGGAUUUGCCGCCACGUUCGGCGCCGCAACCGGACUACGACAGAUUUCGAUGUCACGGUACAGCUUCGGAUGGUGGCCGAACAAGAUCACUGCAGCGCUCAACACGAUUGUGCAGAUAGGAUGGGCUGCCGUGAGCUGUAUCACAGGUGGACUAGCGUUGACGGCCGUUGCGGAUGGUCAUGUCUCGCUGGUCGUGGGCAUUAUCAUUCUUGGAGUGGUAGCCAUGCUCAUCUCGUUCGUCGGUCUGAAAGCGAUUCUGGUGUAUGAGAGAUACGCCUGGUUCAUCUUCUUUGUUGUAUUCCUGAUAUUCUUUGGCGAAACCGGCAAGUAUGCGGACAAUACUUCCGUUGCUUCCGUCACAGGGAGCGAUCUCUCAGCGAGCGUGCUUUCGCUGCUUGCGAUCAUCUAUGGCUCGUCUGCUUCAUGGUGUACUAUGGCAUCGGAUUACUACGUCCACUAUCCAGCGGAUGUGUCGAGAGUCAAGGUCUUCCUGAUGACGACCUUCGGCAUUGCGAUUCCGACAUCGAUCGGCAUGGUCGCCGGCUGCGUUGUGUCCUCUGCCCUGAACAACAGGCCUGACUGGAAGGAUGCCUACGAGAACCAAGGACUGGGCUACCUGAUCCAAGACAUGCUUUACCCACGAGGUUUUGCCAAGUUCAUCCUUACGCUGCUCGUACUGUCUGGGAUCAACGUUAAUAUCAUCAGCAUCUACAGUUCUGCCAUCUCAUGCCAGCAAUUCUCUCGCCCAUUCUCUCGCAUCCCCCGCUUCAUCUGGACGCUGGCCUGCUCUGCCGUGAUUCUGGGAUUGGCUCUGGGCGGAAGGGAUCAGUUGAACGCCUACUUGCAGAACUUCUUGUCCAUUCUGGGAUACUGGUCGACACAAUACUUUGUCAUCAUCUUCUCAGAGCACUGGAUCUUCAGAAAGGGAAAGAUCGAGAACUACGAUCUGGAUGGCUGGAAUGAUCCCAGCAGACUACCUGUAGGCCUGGCGGCUUGGCAAGCUUCCUUCUUGGAGUCGUCGCUUGGGUCAUGGGAGACCGUCAAUGACAGCGUCGUUCUGCCCGACGAUGAGCCAUUUGUCAUUGCUCACGUCCUGGACUGGAUCUACAUGAAGUCGUACACGAUCUCAAAACCGCUCAUACCAUACACAGUGGUACUUCCUCCCGCGCCCGCGAGCGAUGCAACUACACAAUACCUUGCGAAGUCACUAGAGACUGCCGACGAGAGGUUCAAACAUCACAUUAACAUGUAUCUGGCGGCAGACAAGUUUGGAAUUCCGAGUCUCAAAGCGAAGGCGAAGCGUCAGGGAAUGAGACGAUUGAGGAAAUUGAAGGACUUCCGGGACCGUGAACCUCAGCCAGAGAUUCUCGAGAAACUCUUCUCCAGUACCCUCCCCGAGGACUCUUUUCGAAGGGCCGUCGUUCACGAGUAUCUGAAAGACGAGAUUCUCAGAACAGGAAAGUCGAAAGAAGCCACCGAAAGACACGAGCCUUUAGCUUGGCGUAUCGGGUGUGAUCUGAUGGCCAGACUCAUAGCCUCAGAGGCAAGCCUGGAGGCCGCCUGCCAAAGCCUAGCAGAGGGGGUGUGCUGA